AUGUCCUUCUUCGAGCGUCUUCAUGAGGAAGCUCACAAAUUGAAGGAAAAAAUCAAGGAGAAGUCAAGAAAGCGGAAGGCGCCGUCGGCGGAAGACGCAAUCUCAAAUUUGAAGGAUGCCGAAGAUCUCCUUGUUCGCAAACAAGAGUAUUUUGAGGAGAAAAUCGCUCAGGAAGUGGAAAAUGCAAAGAAAUACAGCAAGAGCAACAAGAAGAUGGCGAUCGCCGCGCUGAGACGCAAGAAGCAUUACGAGAUCGAGCUCAAUCGAAUUGACGGAAUGCUCACCAAACUCGAAGCUCAAAGAACCGCAUUGGAGAACGUCGGACUUCACAAUGAGGUGAUCGAUGUGCUUGGAAAAACGAACGAGACUCUCAAGAAAGAGCACGAUAAAAUGGACAUCGACAAGGUUCACGAUUUAAUGGAUGAGAUUGCUGACGGUCUCGCCACUUCUGAAGAGUUCAAUGAAGCAAUUUCUGCUCCGAUCGGCGAUGUUGCUGAUGAAGACGAUUUGCUCAAGGAGCUUCAAGAGCUUCAAGACGAAGUUGCCGAUCUCCCACCAACCGCACUUCCAGAGGUUCCCAAGACUGCACUUCCUUCUCGUCCAAAGGUCCGCAAGAUGGACACAAUGGAGGAAUUGGAGCAAUGGGCUGCUUCCAACUAA